AUGAACGCUUCUUCAGCCAUGGCCCCACUGUCUCCAGUCAUUUUUUCGCCCUCCUCUCUAUCCCGGACCCCCCAUCGACCUCCCAGCCCUGCCUUAAUGACCUCGCCCAAACUCUGGCAGAAAGCUUCCAUAUCCCGCCUGGCUGAGGAGUUUUUCUGGAUUGGUGGAAGCAUUGUUGCAACGCCGAAAUGGAGAAUCGGUCAAUUUGUGGAGCGGUGUAUGUGCACCAUGCAGGCUGGCACUCAGAUGAUCAAACUAAGAGGGAAGUCAAAGACGCUGGUGCGAUUUUUCUAUCUGGACGAGCACCGGUCCUGCAUCCGGUGGAGACCGUCCAGGAAGCAUGACAAAGCCAAAAUCUCCAUAGAUUCCAUCCAUGAGGUAUGUGAGGGAAAGAAAACCGAGAUGUUUCAGCACUCCCACAGCAGUAAAUUUGAUUCAAACUGCUGCUUCAGUAUUUAUCAUGGAAACCACGUGGAGUCCCUGGACCUGGUGACCACAAACGGGGAGGAGGCAAGGACCUGGAUUACUGGCCUUAAGUACCUCAUGGCCGGCAUCAGCGACGAGGACAGUCUGGCACGGAGACAGCGGACCAGAGACCAAUGGUUGAGACAGACGUUUUCAGAAGCAGAUAAAAAUGGAGAUGGAAACCUGAGUAUUGGAGAAGUUCUACAGCUCCUUCAUAAACUCAACGUAAAUCUACCCAGGCAGAAAGUCAGAGAAAUGUUUGAGGAGGCUGACACAGAUGAUAAUCAAGGAUGUUUAGCAUUUGAGGAGUUUUGCAACUUCUAUAAGAUGAUCUCAACCCGGCUGGAACUUUAUUUAAUAAUGCUGACCUACAGCCACCGUAAGGAGCAUAUGGACAUAAACGACCUGACACGCUUCCUGGAGAGUGAGCAGAAGAUGGUGAUUGUGUCUCGAGAAUACUGCCAGAUGAUUAUAAACCAGUUUGAGCCAUGUCCAGAAAACCGAGCACAGCUGGUCCUGGGAAUCGAUGGUUUCACCAACUUCAUGCGGAGUCCAGCAGGGGACAUUUUCAACCCAGAGCAUUACCAGGUGAAUCAGGACAUGACUCAGCCACUCACAAACUACUACAUUGCCUCCUCACACAACACCUACCUGACCGGAGACCAGCUGUUGUCCCAGUCUCGUGUCGACAUGUAUGCCUAUGUCCUGCAGGCCGGCUGCCGCUGUGUUGAAGUGGACUGCUGGGAUGGUCCUGAUGGAGAGCCGAUCAUUCAUCAUGGCUACACUCUUACCUCAAAAAUCCUCUUCAGAGACGUUGUUGAGACCAUCAACAAAUACGCUUUUGCCAAAAGCCAAUACCCCGUAAUCAUCUCCAUAGAGAAUCACUGCUCAGUGCCUCAACAAAAGAAAAUGGCUCAGUAUCUCACUGAGGUGCUGCAGGACAAGCUGGAUUUGUCCAGUGUUAACAUUAAUGAAUCCCGCCGGCUUCCCUCACCUGAGGUCCUCAAAGGGAAAGUUCUCGUGAAGGGUAAGAAGCUGCCUGCUAAUAUAGAUGCAGAUGCAGAAGAGGGGGACGUGUCUGAUGAAGACAGCGGAGAAGAUGAAGAGGAGGAAGAGGAAGAGACAAAUGAAGAGUCUCAGGAAGGGGCUGAUGGAGCUGAAGCAGGCGAAGAAACGAAGAAACACUCGAGGAGGUUCAUGGGCAGCUUCAGACGAAAGAAGAAAAAAAGGGUGAAGUCGAAAAAGCGGCCCAUUCUGAGUGACUCAGACACAGAUCAGGAAAUCCCCAGCGGUAAUCCCAACAAAGUUAUCAACUACGGGAAACGUAGGAAGACAAUGAGGCUGUCUCGGGCCCUCUCUGACCUGGUAAAAUACACCAAAUCAGUACGGGUCCAUGAUAUUGAAACUCAGGCGUAUAUGUCCAGCUGGCAGGUGUCUUCACUGAAUGAAAGCAUCACCAAUCAGAUCCUACAGUUUAAACCAGCUCAGUUAGUGCGAUUCAACCAGCGGCAACUCCUACGUGUUUAUCCUUCCAACUACCGCGUAGACUCGAGCAACUUCAACCCCCAGCCAUUCUGGAAUGCAGGAUGUCAUUUGGUCGCACUGAAUUACCAAACAGAAGGCCGAAUGCUGCAACUGAACAGAGCCAAAUUUGCUGCCAAUGGAAACUGUGGAUAUGUACUGAGGCCUAAAUGCAUGUGCAAAGGUGCCUUUAACCCUAUGCUGACUGAUCCAUUACCAGGACACAGAAAAACACAGUUAGUAUUGAAAAUAAUUAGUGGCCAGCAGCUACCUAAGCCAAAAGACUCCAUGUUAGGGGACAGAGGAGAGAUUAUAGACCCCUUUGUCGAAGUGGAGAUUAUUGGUCUUCCUGUAGAUUGCAAUAAGGAGCAGACGAGGGUAGUGGAUGAUAAUGGCUUCAACCCCAUGUGGGAGGAAACCUUGGUGUUUACUCUGCACAUGCCUAAAAUAGCACUUGUGCGCUUCAUGGUUUGGGAUCACGAUCCAAUUGGGCGAGAUUUCAUUGGACAAAGAACCAUAGCUUUCACAAGCAUGAUGCCAGGCUAUCGUCAUGUCUAUUUGGAAGGUAUGGAAGAGGCCUCAAUCUUUGUUCAUGUUGCCAUUAAUGAUAUCACUGGAAAGAACAAAUCGAGCAAUGCUGUAAAACAGCUCAUCCAGAAAAAUUUAAUGCAAACAUCUGAGGAUGGCACAAGGACAUCAUUUGCUCCAAAUUUUCUGAAAAAAUCUGGAGCUGGAAAGAGCCGAGCAAAGGCCAAGGAAGUAUCACAGGAAUCCUACAGCCGAGAGGAUUUCCUCAACAGACGUUACAGUGAUGAUGUGAAUUCACAGGACAGUAGGACUGCUUCGCAAUGUCAGUCUCUUCACAGGGGAGCUCAAAGCGAGCCUUUGAAAAGAUCCCACAGGGUUUGCUUCCAGGAACCCGAGGAGAGGCUGGGGGUAACCCGGAGCCGCUUGUCUUCUACUGACAGUUGCGGUGAAUCAGAAAGAACCUCAAACUACAUCAAUUUAGGGUUUAAUCCAAGAGAGAACCCAGAAAUUAAUCCAACAGCUCAAAGAGACAACAGCAAACUAAGGGAGAAACCUGAGCUGAGUCCAAACCAAGCCAAACUAAGUCACCAGGAGGAUGCUAUUUCCAAAGCCAGCGACUUGCCACCAUUAGUCCGAAAAGAAGAUGCUGAUUCUGACCCAACACACUCACUUGAACCUGAAAUAAAAGUUCCUGCUCCACAACGACCUGAGCGGCCUUCUCUGUCUAAACAAUGUUCAGUGGCAGAAAAUGUCUUUAAAGAUCCUGAGCCUGAAUGUGAGAGGUACCAGCCAGCUCUGGACCAAGAAAUUACUUCUUCCAGUAGACAUAGGGCUUUCAAAAAUGUAGGUCUGCAGGGAGCACAUACGUCCUUCAAGCUUCAGCCAAUAUCAGACCAAAAACCAGAAACUUGCACUGAAAUUUGGAUGCCAAAAAGCCAAAGUAUAAGUGUAGGGCACCAGAAAGAAUGGAAAUCCCUCAAGUUUGAUCCAAAAGAAAACAGAUAUCCAAAGCACCACAGUGAACAAUGGACUCCAUCAAGCCCAAGGCUAACAACUGGCAAAAGUGGAUUUGGACUAAGGAGUUCUGUAGACAUUCAGGCAAAACCAGCAAAUGAGUCGCUGUCUAUUCCGGCAACUCCUGCAAGGAGCAGACGCGUCCUGCACAACAGAGGCAGUCAGUCUUCCACAGAAUCACCAUCUAAGUUGCACAGAUCACACAGUGUUCCAAGACGACGGCCUCCAUCCCCCCCAAAUGCCCAACAAAACUUUAAGACUGAUGUCUGGAAAUAUCCCCUACCCCAAAACAACAUAAGCCCCGUUCCACAGGAAUCCUCUGCUCCUAACCUUCCUAAUAAUCAUGGCCUUUCUGAGAGUGACUCCAGCAGCGAGGGCAGUCUGGACAGCCUGGACCUGAGCACACUGCCAUGCCGGCUACCCGAAAACCAGCAGCAAACUGUGGGAACGCUGCAGAGGGAAAUGAAUGCUUUGUUUGAGCAAAAAAUGAGGGAGAUCCGCUGUCACUCGCCAUUAUUUUUCAGCGGUGAGUUUUAA